AGGCGCAGUCAUCCUGGGUCCGCCCCGGGGCCACCCCACUCCUGCCUGUCUGGUGCCUCGCUCUCCGACCCAGCCUACUGCACUGCCACCGGCGCCGGCCCCCAGAGCCCCAGCCCCAGAGCCCAAGAACCUGGGGCCUGCCCUUCCCCCCUCCAGGCCAUGACGAUUCUGCGAUUAAUCAUGCUGGCUCUGGUGACAGGGCGUGUAGGGGGAGAGACCAGGAUCAUCAAAGGGUAUGAGUGCUCUCCUCAUUCCCAGCCCUGGCAGGUGGCUCUGUUCCAGAAGACACGGCUGCUCUGCGGGGCAACGCUCAUCGCUCCCAAAUGGCUCCUGACAGCAGCCCACUGCCGCAAGCCCCGAUACAUAGCUCACCUGGGGGAGCACAACCUCCAGCAGCGGGAUGGCUGUGAGCAGACCCGAAUAGCCACUGAGUCCUUCCCCCACCCAGACUUCAACAACAGCCUCCCCAACAAAGACCACCGCAAUGACAUCAUGCUGGUGAAGAUGGCGUCACCAGCCAUCAUCACCUGGGCUGUGCGACCCCUCGCCCUAUCGUCACGCUGUGUCACUCCUGGCACCCGCUGCCUCAUUUCCGGCUGGGGCACCACGUCCAGCCCCCAGUUGCACCUGCCUCAUACCUUGCGAUGCGCCAACAUCACCAUCAUCGAGCACAAGGAAUGUGAGAACGCCUACCCCGGCAACAUCACAGACACCAUGGUGUGUGCCAGUGUUCGAGAAGAGGGCAAGGACUCCUGCCAGGGUGACUCUGGGGGCCCUCUGGUCUGUAAUGGAUCUCUUCAAGGCAUUAUCUCCUGGGGCCAGGAUCCAUGUGCUGUUGCCAGAAAGCCUGGUGUAUACACAAAGGUCUGCAAAUAUCUGAACUGGAUCCAGGAGACUAUGGAGAAAAAUUAGCAGGACCAGCUCACCACAGCCCAACACCGCCAACCCCUACUCGGUGAUGUGGUUCCUGUUCAUUCUGUUUAUAAUAAAGCAGCCUAAGCCAGGACCCCUUUAUAUACUUUGUCUGGAUCUCCUUGACUACAAGAGAUGCUGUAGCUUAAUAAUCAACUUGGGGUUUGGAAUUAGCGAAGCCUAGCUUCACAUCCUGCCUCGUAUUGACUCGUGACUCUGGGAAUGAUAACAGCUCUUUGGUUCACUGUUGUAUCUCUAGCCCCAACGAUGGUUCCUGGCACUCACCAAGGUUUCAAUAAAUAUUUACUGAAUGAACGAAUCUUUUGGGGGCUUCCCAUAUGCCAGAACCUGGUCCAAAGGCUUUUAAAUGUAGCAACCAACAAUAGUCACAAAACCUUAUGUGGUCAGUGCUGUUAUUAUACCCAUUUUACAGACGAGGAAACUGAGGCACAGAAAAACGAAGCCACUUGCUCAUGUCACACAGCCAGUAAGCAGAAGAGCAAGGAAUCUGAAGCAAGGUGAUUUCUUAAGUACCGAGCAAUACUGCCUUGAUUAAGCCUCAGUUUCCUUCUCUGUAAAAUCGUGCAUGCAAAAGUAUGAUAGCACAGUAAGUCGGGCAGUCUGCAGAUAGUUAAGAUCUAACAGAAAGAGAGCUGUCAUUGUUUUUUUCCAGGCUCCGUGAUAGGUGGUUCAUCAGGACCUAUGCUAGGCAAUA